AUGCAGACUGAGGGUGAAAUGCUGACUGAAGACUGCAUAUCAGGGGUAAAAUGCGGACUCUGUUUUAAAACAACCCGCAUCCCCGGGAAAACUUCAAGAGUCUGUUGGGAUCGAGGCCGCGUGUGUCGUGAGGGGCUGGCAAUAAUCGUUAUGGCGAUUGAUGUUUCGAACUUCACUUUCUCAGAUGGUUUUGACGUUGAAUUAGUGUUUUAAGGCAAGAACGAUUAGAAACGUAAGUGUUUGAAUACACAGUUCACAGCCAGAUAAAUACAUUUUCUUUGUUAAGGAAUAAACAGUUCUGCUGAGCAACACCAGAUAGCUUAAACAAAUAUGUAGCUCGUGUAUACUUUGUUCGGCCUUGAAAGUAGUAGCGAUAGACUUUCAUCACACAUCAGCAAUUUUUAUUACUUGGAUAAUAACAACCUGUUUCUCAUACCUUUGUUUUGCGCCGCGAAGUUAGGCGUGCAAAUUCUUUAAAUUUAAUACAUAUUUGUGGGUGCGAGAUUAGGAUCUAAUUAAAACCUCCAAACAUUAUCCUUAGGUGUUUGCCUUUCUUAUUCCGCUCGGUGUUUCACUUCAGCAUUGACCGGAAGUAAAUAUGCAGCUACCAUGGUCAACUUAACCUAUGUCGGGCUUCUUGUUGGUUGACAAGGGCUGCCAAAGAAAUUUAGUUUUGUUGUGACAUGUCUUUAUUCACUGGAAAAAUGGCAGAGUCUUCCUUAAAUUGAAACAAAUUAGUAGCAAGGAGAAGUCUUAGGUUCCUUUUAAGUCUAAUCAUUUAGAGAAACCAGAAAUGUUCACAAAUUUCAACUAAAGAACUGAGUCUGCAAUUUUGAGUAAUUUUUUUAAUUAAAAGAAAACUCAACUCUAUGUCAGCCUGUAGAGUGGUAUGUUGCUCACACCAAUCAGAUCGCUGCAUUUGGGUAUGUAUCUCACACCAAUCAGAUUUCAGCAUUAGGGUAUGUAUCUUGCACCAGUCAGAUUGUGUCAUUAGGGUAUGUGUCUCACACCAAUCAUAUCACAGCAUCAGGAUAUCUUACGCCAUCUCAGCAUUUGGGUAUUGCUGUCAUGCAAAUAAUGUUGUGUAAUCAGGGGGCUGUAUGCAAAGAUUGACAUUAACCAGAAAUUUUGGGCUCAUUUGAUAAGUGUAAUGGUUUGUGGCCUUUGUGAGAGCCUUUGCGAUUGAGAUCGAUAUCAAAGGUUUUGCAUAUAACCUUUUUGUUUCAUUUUUAAGUUAAAUGUGUCAUCUUGGACUGCACAUGAUUACAUGUUAAUUACUUGUAAAGAACAUGCAUUUUAGCACGUAUUUCACACUCAGAGGGUAAAGUUCAGAUUGGCAACAACCAAUCAAGGAGCCCUCUUUGAAAUGUUAUCCUUUUCUCUUGUUCAGUGUACUUUCACUUAUUCGAGAUUGCAAUAUAUCUUUGGUUCGGGUCUAUUGCAGAUACAACAGAGUUUCAGUUUGCUUUUUGUGGUAAAAUUACUUGUAAUUAUAGUUUUGUGGCAACUAACUUUAGACGAAUAAUUUUGAUUUUCUCUCUGUUAGAGGAACAGUAGUAACCAUAGUCUCUUUUGCAACUGCCAUUUGGUCUUGUCACACAACGCUUUCUCUUAAGGGUGAAGUAAUGCAAUAUUUUUGUCCGUUCGAAGGUUAUGGUCUUUUUCUGUUACAAAAAUGAAAACAUUAGGUGCACAAAGUGUCCCAUCUCAACCUGCCCAGCUAGAAAAAAAACUCUUGCAUGUUACACAUGUCUAUGUUACCCUGGUUUGCAGUCUUCAAUCUGCAUUCUUCCCUCAGUCUGCCUUUUACGCCCAGUCUGCAGUCUGCAUUUUACACUGAUGGUUCUUGUCGUUCAUGCCUCUCAGGUGUAAUGGUUGUGGCAGUUUCAAGAUGUAUGUUUUUUCCAAUGACUUUUUAUUAUCCUUGUGUUACUUUUCUCUGGGAAAAAAUGUUUAUUAUUUUGCCCUUUACACUCUUGCAUCAGUUUGCUUGUAAGGUACUGUCAAGGGGAAUUUGUUUAACACUCAAGAGUAUCUUUGGUUACUGAUCAUUUCCUUUGCUCUUGUGACCUUAAUGUGUGAUUAACGGAUCAUAUUGCAGGAAGAAACAAGAUACUAUUCACACUUAGGGGUUACAUGGUUCGUGUUUUGUGAGAAAAAUUUUUUUCUAAAUCUGUAAUUUUACUAUCCCUGAUGAAAGAAUUCUAAAUAAAAAAUAAAAUUGACUUGUGGGUUUUAAUUAGUGAUCUAUUCUUUAAACAGGGUUUUCAAACAUGAAUGCUUCAAGUGAAAGGCUUUUUGAAUGUCCUUCCUGUGACAAGAGAUUUGCAUCGCAAGCAAAGCAAAAGCAACAUUUAAUUACACACACUGAGGAAAGGCCUUUCAGCUGUUCUUUCUGUGACAAGACUUUUCAACAUUCUUGGACCCUUAAGCAACAUGAAGCAAUACAUGGCAACAAGAAGCCUCACAAGUGUACGAUGUGUGAUAAGAGUUUCUACACUGCUUUUAAAUUAAAGACGCACCUUCGAGUACAUAGUGAUGAGAGGCCAUACGUUUGUAACCAGUGUGACAAGAGCUUCCGUUGGUGGAAUUCAUGGAAAGUACAUCAAAAAUGGCAUGACGGGUUGAAGCCUCACAAAUGUUCAUCAUGUGACUACAAGACUUUGUAUAAAUCACAUCUUGUGGAACACAGAAGACUUCAUACUGGUGAGAAGCCUCACAAAUGCUCUCACUGUGAUAAAGAGUUCCGCACCAAAGCAUCACUUCUCUUUCAUAUAAGAAUACAUAGUGGUGAAAAGCCUUACAGUUGUCCUCACUGCGAACGACGAUUUUCUCAAUGGUCAACACUAAGAGGUCACAUUAGUACACAUACUGGUGAGAAGUUAUAUCAAUGCUCAAUUUGUGAUAAGGAAUUCAAAAGCAAAAAAUGUGCUUAUAAACACUAUGCUGUAGUGCACAAGAAUGAGAUAUCUAGCUCUGGGAAAAGCUACAGCUGUAGUCAGUGUAAAAAGGUUUUCAUUGACUUGGCUGGUGUUGAAACUACGAUCCAACUUACUGAACCUGUACAGCAAUCUGAUGCUGGUGAAAACUUUGGACUAGUAUCAGAUUCCAGUCAUGCAAAUGUGUCAAGCACUGGUGUGGAGUAUUUUAAAUGUGAUGUUUGUAGCACAUGGAACAACUCAAAUCAGGUUGGUCUAAAGUUGUCUCAUCACUCGUCACACCCUAAAAUCAAAGUGAAGAAAAGGCAGUUUUCUGAAAAGACCUUUAAGGGUGAAGAAUUUUCUGGACAAUCAUCAGCUGACAAACCAUCAUUUCUCCCUAACAAGAAGGAUUUCAGUAACAAGUGUUCUAAACAACCAAAAGUUGUAAGGACUCAGAUUUCGCUGAAUAAUGAAAAACAGAAAAUUAAUUGUCAUAUUUGUAACAAGCAGUUCAAGAAGGAGAGUCUUCUCGUGAGCCACUUGAAAACACACACAUGUGGCAAGUGUGGUGACGUGUUUGAAAAUGAAGACAGUUUAAGACUGCACAGGAAAACCCACAGGGAGGAAAAAUGCUUUAAGUGCGAUUUUUGUGAUAAGAAGUUUAAGGAUAAAGGACAUUGUAAUAGACACAUGUGGAUCCACGCUGAAAGCAAACCUCACAACUGCUCUGAGUGCAGAAAGUCUUUUGCAGAUAUAAGUCAACUGCAGAGGCAUAAAAAAUGUCACCUAGAGAAACGUUUUCAUUGCAACGAUUGUGGUAAGUGGUACAGAUGGGAAUUCUACUUUAAAAAACAUAGAUGUAAGAAAAGAAAGAAAGACCAGAACUCUUUCAUGUGUGACAAUUGUGGUGAAUCUUUUGAUAAGGCGGCUUCUCUUAAAACACACAAAAGUUCUCCAUGUCUAAAGCAGCUAAAAGUUGAUACAAGUGCCCUUAGUGUUGAGGUGGUUACCUUGGUGUAAGUGAAUUUAGUACAAGAGAUAGUGAAUUAAAAAAAUUAACGUUUUAUUAACACUUUUUGUUAUAAGGAAUUUGUGAAAUUAAGGGUCUACAUAAUAACGACGUAAUUUUAGCAAAUGUUAAGAAAAAGAAGUACGAAAUUUUAAUUUAUUCAAUGUUUCAAUGUAGCAGCUUACAUCAUUAUGUAGAAAUUUUCAGUUUCAGAUUUGCAUAACCCAUGCUGUUGUACAAUACUUAAGGAUUUUUGAUUGGAGGGAAGUCAUUUGACCAAUUAAAUUCUAAGAAUAGCCAGCAUCUAAUUUCUCCUUACAGUAAAACUUAAUCAUACAUUAAGACCAUUAGAACAAGGGAAACGAUCUCCAACCUAAGAAGCUGGGAUAGUGAAACAAAUUCUCUUUGUCAAUACAAGAGAAAAUGUAUAUAAAAGAGUAUGAAGAAUAUGGCCACUAAUGUUAGAGUGUGAUUGAAUGAUAGAAUGAACUGUUUGAUUCAGAUUGUAACACAUUUCACAUAGAAUGAUGGGGCCUAAUUCUUUUACCCUUUCCACCCUAACAUCAGUAUGCAUAUACCCCAUGAAGCUUUUGAACUGUGCAGUGUAGUAUAUCAAUUUAGUUUGUUAGAAAUCAAAAUGUUUUUAUUUGGUGUUUUUUUUCCUAUUAAUAUAUUUUUAUAAAAUUAAAGUCUUUAUACUGAUUGUGUUAGCG